CAUGCGAACAAGCCUAGUCUCCGCAACUCUUCUCGUUCUCUUCUCUGUCUCGCCUCCUCAAGCGGUGGUAGCAGCACCAACAACGAUCCCUUUGCAACCUCUCGUGCCCUAUACCGACUCGAAUCCUAACAAGGUCCUCUGGACGCUGACGGAGGGCGGACAUCACCAACCACAACGUGGCAACCUUGGAGCUUCGAUCCUUGGACCUACGAACUCUCCAUUAGAACUACAGAACGCGGACACAUUGGCGCCACCGACAACGGACAACGGAGAGGUUAAGAACUUCAAGUGGCCAUUCUCGCUGAGUCACAACAAGUUGAAGGAAGGAGGGUGGGCCCGUCAACAAAACGUCAAUGAUAUGCCUAUUGCGACGGAUAUUGCUGGCGUGAAUAUGCGCCUGGAAGCAGGUGCUAUUAGAGAAAUGCACUGGCAUGACACCGCGGAGUGGGCAUAUGUUCUGAAGGGAGAUCUGCGUGUCAGUACCGUAACGCCCGAAGGACAAGUAUGGCUGGGAGAUGUGUCUGCGGGUGAUAUAUGGUAUUUCCCUGCCGGUUAUCCACAUUCGAUUCAGGCGAAAGACACGACACCAGAAGGCGCUGAAUUCCUCCUUAUCUUCGACAAGGGCGACUUCUCCGAGGAUGCCACCUUCCAACUGACCGAUUGGCUCGCGCACGUCCCGAAAUCCGUGAUUGCGAAGAACUUUGGGAUGGGCGGCGAUUUGGCGGCAUUCGACCAUAUACCCCAGAAUGAGUUAUAUAUCUUCCCGGCGGUACCCCCUCCAGACGACAUCAAAAAGGACAUGGUUAUCCAGAACGAUACCCCGCAACCGUUUACGUUUGAAUUUUCUAAGGUGCCAGCGAUGCAGAAACCCGGAGGGACGGUCAAGAUCGUCGAUACCAGGACGUUCGCGGUCUCAGAGAAGAUAGCUGCUGCGGAAGUGUACCUCGAAGCAGGAGGUUUGAGAGAGCUACAGUGGCAUCCGACUCAACCUGAAUGGACGUUCUUCCGAGAAGGCCAAGCACGGAUAACCCUUUUUGCCUCACAAAGCAAUGCGCAGACCUUUGACUUCUAGCCUGGUGAUAUCGCGUAUAUUCCACCUUCCUAUGGACAUUACAUCGAGAACAUUGGAAAUACGACCCUUAAGUUCUUGGAAGUUCUGAAAACAGGUGUGUCGUACAGCCGAGUGUGGCGCAUUGACCUGAUCAUCGACAGCGCAGAUCUCUUCCAAGAUAUCUCGCUCACCCAGUGGCUUGCACUGACACCACCCGAGUUAGUGAAAGCCCAUCUCGGCUUUUCGGAUGAGACAAUUGCCCACCUAAGCAAGACGAAGGAGACAUUGGUCAAAUA